AGCCGCAGGUUACCGUUUCGACAUGGCCAAGUCCAAGAACCACACCACACACAACCAGUCUCGAAAAUGGCACCGAAAUGGUAUCAAGAAACCCCGGUCAAAAAGAUACCAAUCUCUUAAGGGGGUGGACCCCAAGUUCCUGAGGAACAUGCGCUUUGCCAAGAAGCAGAACAAGAAAGGCCUGAAGAAGAUGAGUGCGUGUGCAGAGGCCAUCAAGGCCCUUGUGAAGCCCAAGGCGGUGAAGCCCAAGAUGUCAAAGGGCCCCAGCCGCAAGCUCAGCCGACUCGCUUUCAUCGCUCAACCCAAGUUCGGGAAGCAGAUUAGAGGCUACAUGGCCAAGGGUCGUAGGCUCUGCCAACCAAAGCCCAAGGCUCAAACCAAGGCCUCAGCUCCAGCUCAGGCUCCCAACGGUGCCCAGGCCCCUGUGAAGGCCCCAUAGAAAAGGUUUCUGUCUGCCAGACAGAUGGACUGGUGUGACACACCUACAUACUAUUUGCAGAUGAUCAGGACCCCAUGCUGUUUUUACAAAUAAACUUGAGGC